AUUGAGGAAAUGACAGCUCAGUUUCAGUGUUACAUAGCCUUACGCCACACAUGCAGAUGCUGUCCACAGGAACUCAGAAGGAGAAUGACUGUAGUGAAAUAUAUUCUUGUGAGGCUGCUGUUCACCAUCGAAUAUGCUGCUAUGGGUGUCAGUGCAGUGCUCACUGCUGUAAACUCCGGAACGGCGGAUAAUGUUACCCUGUCGUGUAAGAAUGUCAUUGAGCCUGACUGCUCCUCAACCACAUGGCUUUAUAAUACAUACAGAUUUACUGACACUAUUGAACUGGUUACAUUAGGAAAGAUCAAAGAUUCCCACAUGAAUGAGAAAAUAAGAUUGGGGCCUGACUGCUCUCUGCACAUUCACAAUGUCAGCACUGCAGAUACUGGAUCGUACACCUGCAGACAGUUUAUCAGUGGAACGCAACAUGAACACGAUGCCUUAGUUUACCUCUCUAUUCUCACAGUUGUUCCAGUGACAAAUCUGAUGCCUGGCAGCAAUAUGACCCUACAGUGUCUCCUGUACACCUAUCAUAAUCCUGGGCAGUGUAAUAAUCAUCAGUCUAACAGUCUGACCCUGAGGUGGGUGAGUGACACAGACACUGAUUUGCAGGGUGAUCCCAGGUACCAGAUACACACGUCCUCCUGCAACUCCACUCUGACAACUGAACUUCAGUGGACAGACAACAACAGGAAGUGGGGAUGUCAGCUGACUGAUAAGGGGGAAGUGAAAGUGUCACAGAGCUACACCAUCACAUUCCCUGGCAAUAAUCUAACGUCAAUGCAGCCUCUGACCGCCAUUCCUGUGACACAUUCUCCUUUUUCCACUACAGUGAAACAGCCCACAACAAAUGUCAUUGGUACAGUAUUUUAUCCUUUAUUACUGCCACCUGGAAUCAUGUUUGUGGUGUGUGACAGUGAUGAUGACCACUGUGAGUUAUUUCUGAUAGACAGAAAUAAAAGAGAUAGAAACAAGGUCUCUUUGAUGUAUGUCUACUUUAGUGAAUGUCAGAAUCCAUACUGUGCAACAAACAACAGAAAGGUGUGAUACAAUAGUUAUACUGUUAAUGUAGAAUACAAUAACAGGUAAAAAUACACAACAUAACACCACAGUGUUACACUUUAAAUAUCUGAGUAUUAUCUGAAUAUACCCAGGCCUCGUUCCCCUGUUCCACACUCUCUGAGUAUCUCCACCUUAAUACUUUUCU